UAAUACCUUCUGAAUACAUGAUGAAUGUAGUCAUCGGGCUUAAACUGACUGGGGGGCGAGUGGCUCACAGAGACCGAGAGCGUGCACGUGAGCGACACCGAGUACCAUCAUCAACUCUACCCUGCAGCCUCUCUCAGUCUUUCCAUCCUCCUCCUGAAGAGAGACACAGGGAAUCACGCAACAGACAAGACAAGUAAAAGAGAGGAUAAAAUGUUGCUUUCCUUUCUCUACUGCUUUUUUUUUUACUGAGCUACCAGAGGCAAGAGAAAAGAGGCAGUGAGACGCAGAAAUAAAGCGCAUCUUGUCGUAGGCUCCAGCCCACCCAAAAGCUUUUUACUAAGCAACAAGAUCAGGAGCUGUGCUCAGUGCGCACAGCCUGAAGAGGAGAGAGGAUGCUGAACAACAUGACGGACUACGAGGAGGGAGAGGGGGGACCCAACAGCCAGGGUGAAGGGAACCCCAAAGAGAGCAGUCCUUUCAUCAACAGCAAUGCAGCCAGUGAUGCAGAGAAAAGCCAGCAGUAUGACGGCAAGAAUAUGGCUCUGUUUGAGGAGGAGAUGGAUACCAGUCCAAUGGUCUCCUCUCUGCUCAGCAGUCUGGCCAACUACUCCAACCUGCCAACGGGCAGCAAAGAGCAUGAAGAGGCCGAGAAUAAUGAGGAGGGGGCACGUCCGUCUAAAAAACCUGUCAAGGCUCCACAGCUGGGCACUCUGAUGGGAGUGUACUUGCCAUGUAUCCAGAACAUUUUUGGGGUGAUCCUGUUCCUGCGGAUGACCUGGAUGGUCGGGAUUGGAGGCGUCCUCGGCUCCUUCAUUAUCGUCUUCAUGUGUUGCUCCACAACGAUGCUCACAGCCAUCUCCAUGAGUGCCAUUGCAACAAAUGGAGUCGUACCAGCUGGAGGUUCAUAUUACAUGAUCUCUCGCUCCCUGGGGCCUGAGUUUGGUGGAGCUGUCGGGAUCUGCUUCUACUUAGGCACCACUUUUGCAGGUGCCAUGUACAUUCUUGGCUGUAUUGAAAUUCUGCUGAUUUAUAUCAUUCCUCAGGCAGCCAUCUUCAAAAUUGAGGGCCUGGAGGGGCCGGAGGCAGAGGCGGCGCUCCUCAACAACAUGCGGGUGUACGGCACCAUUGUACUGAGCUUAAUGGCACUGGUGGUGUUUGUGGGGGUCAAAUAUGUGAACAAGCUGGCACUGGUCUUCCUGGCCUGUGUCAUCCUCUCCAUCGUGGCUGUUUAUGCCGGAGUCAUCAAGACCGCCAUCGACCCCCCUGUCUUCCCUGUCUGCCUCCUGGGAAAUCGAACUCUUGUUUCUAAAGGAUAUGACGUCUGUGCAAAGGUCAUCGAAAUAGACAAUGAAACUGUCACCACCAAACUGUGGAGUUCCUUCUGUGAUUCUGAGAAUCUCAAUGCCACUUGUGAUGAAUAUUUUACCAACAACAAUGUCACAGAGAUACAGGGCAUCCCAGGGGUCACUAGUGGCAUCCUGGCAGAGAACCUGUUUGGUAACUACCUGGAAAAAGGGAUGUUCCUGGAGAAGCGUGGGCUUGCAUCAGACACGGAUCCAGACAGUCCCACAACCAGCUCCAACCGCUACGUCCUGGCUGACAUCACCAGCUUCUUCACCCUGCUGGUCGGGAUAUACUUCCCAUCUGUCACAGGUAUCAUGGCCGGCUCCAACCGCUCUGGAGACCUGCGUGAUGCUCAGAAAUCGAUCCCCAUCGGCACGAUUGCAGCCAUUACCACCACAUCCACUGUGUACAUGUCCUGUGUGGUGCUGUUUGGUGCCUGUAUAGAAGGAGUAGUCCUGAGGGACAAGUUUGGUGAAGGGGUCAAUGGUAACCUGGUGAUUGGGACUCUGGCAUGGCCAUCUCCAUGGGUCAUUGUGUUUGGCUCAUUCUUCUCAACUUGUGGAGCAGGGCUCCAGAGUCUGACUGGAGCUCCACGUCUCCUACAGGCCAUCGCUCGAGAUGGCAUCAUCCCAUUUCUUCGAGUGUUUGGGCAUGGCAAAGCCAAUGGGGAGCCCACCUGGGCCCUUCUGCUCACAGCUAGCAUUUGUGAGAUUGGCAUUAUCAUUGCCUCCUUGGAUGCAGUCGCACCUAUCCUCUCCAUGUUCUUCCUGAUGUGCUACAUGUUUGUCAAUCUUGCCUGUGCGCUGCAGACUUUGCUCAGGACGCCAAACUGGAGGCCGCGCUUUAAGUUUUACCACUGGGCUCUGUCUUUCUUGGGUAUGAGCCUGUGCCUGUCGCUCAUGUUCAUCUGUUCCUGGUAUUACGCCAUAGUCGCCAUGGGCAUCGCCACCUGUAUCUACAAAUACAUUGAGUUUUGUGGAGCUGAGAAGGAGUGGGGUGAUGGAAUACGUGGGAUCUCUCUCAGCGCUGCACGCUUCGCUCUCAUGAGGCUGGAGGAGGGACCGCCACAUACCAAGAACUGGAGACCUCAGAUCCUGGUUCUGGUGAGUGUGGAUGCUGAGCAGAACGUAGAGCAGCCUCGUCUGCUCUCUCUGACCAAUCAGCUGAAAGCAGGGAAGGGUCUGACCAUCGUUGGCACCUCAGUUCAAGGAACCUUCCUUGACAACUAUACUGAGGCCCAGAGGGCAGAUCAGUCUUUGCGUAAGCUGAUGGAGACAGAGAAGGUGAAAGGCUUCUCUCAGGUGGUCAUCUCCUCCAAUCUGAGAGAUGGGACGUCCCACCUGAUCCAGGUUGGCGGGCUGGGAGGUCUGAAGCACAACACUGUGAUGGUCAGCUGGCCCCGAAACUGGAAACAGCCAGAGUACCACCAGCAGUUUAGGAACUUUAUUGAGGUGGUCAGAGAGACGACUGUAGCCAGUAUGGCCUUGUUGGUUCCUAAGAAUAUCUCCAGCUACCCGUCCAAUGGAGAGCGCUUCACUGAAGGUCACAUAGAUGUGUGGUGGAUUGUCCAUGACGGAGGCAUGUUGAUGCUUCUGCCCUUCCUGCUGCGCCAGCACAAGGUGUGGAGGAAGUGCAAGAUGCGCAUUUUCACUGUGGCUCAGAUGGAUGACAAUAGCAUCCAGAUGAAGAAAGACCUCAUCACCUUCCUCUAUCACCUGCGCAUCGAUGCUGAGGUGGAAGUGGUGGAGAUGCAUGAUGGUGACAUCUCAGCCUACACCUAUGAGAAGACAUUGGUAAUGGAACAACGAUCACAGAUCCUCAAACAGAUGCAUCUGACCAAGAAUGAGAUGGAGAGAGAGAUCCAGAGCAUUACAGAUUCUUCCCGUGGGUCCAUUCGGCGUAAAAACCCAUCUGCCUUGCACUCCCAGCACAGUGCUGAGGAGGGAGCCAGCGAGGCAGAAAAAUCAGAAGACGAGUCUGUGGCUGUCUCCAACCCAAAACAGGUACAGCUGAUCCACAGUAAGAACGCCUCCAAACCAACCAGCCCCACGUCUCCCACUGGGCCUGCAGGGGGUGCUGCCACCUGGACAGACAACAAGGGUGCAGACAAGGGGCAGACCCUUUUAGCGGUGAACCCGGAGACGGGCAAAGACCUCUUCAACAUGAAGCCGGAAUGGGAGAACUUGAACCAGAUCGAUGUGAGGCGCAUGCAUACAGCAAUGCGGCUCAAUGAGGUCAUCACGAAGAAGUCCAAGGAGGCAAAACUUGUCCUGCUCAACAUGCCUGGACCACCCAAGAACCGUGUGGGCAAUGAAAAUUACAUGGAGUUCCUUGAGGUGCUCACUGAGGGUCUCAAUCGUGUCCUCCUAGUGCGUGGAGGUGGACGUGAGGUCAUCACCAUCUAUUCCUGAAGGGCUUUUAAGGUCUUUUAAUGGCACCUACAUGGACACUGCCCUCUCCACCCUCUGUAUUAUUCCAGGAAAAUCCUCCCACACCCUCACCCACCAUCUACUCCUUUAAACUUUUAAUCGUUAGAGUACACAAAGAAUUGUGCAACAGUCACCUCUCUGUUCUCGACUGGUCAGUUGAUAACUGCAGAUGAGUUGAUGGUUAAUUCUGACAAUUUGAUUGCAAAAAUGACUCCAAAAAUGUCACUUAUUCUCAGAAAAUGGAAGGUUUUCAAACAUUUCUUUCCCUUUUCUGAUAUGUUAAAUCAUCUUUCUGUCCUUUCGCUUUUGUUCCUGGUCACUUGUAAAGGAGAAACUUCUUAUUUUCUGUUAUUUACUAAUUUAUGUUAUUUAUGUAUUUAUUCAUCUAAUCAUGUCUGUCUUUGUCCUGAUCUGUUUUUGUCUUUCAUUGUAUGGUCGGGCGCACACAAGUUAUAAUAGGGUUAUAAUAGGUAUAAUAGGUUGGAUGAAUAUCGUUCUAUGCGAUACACUACCCGAUUAAUUAAUUCACAUUAAUUAAUUGGAGUAUUAAAAAGGCAGAGGUGGGAGCUGUAUAUCAAUAUGUACAUAAAUU